UGUUUAUAGUGAUUAAAAUUACAAAAUAAAAAAUAUCAAUUUUCUUGUUAUGUUUUAAAAGAGGAGGGCAAUAUUUUAUUCUCAUGGUUCCUUAAAAACAAAUUUUAAACACGUUUGCUCAAAGACAAUUUAGCUAGCGUUUGAUCAUAAAUUUUGUGAAACUUUACUGGAAAAAAGAAAAAUUAAAGUUUUGUGAGUGGUAGAAAAUUUCACCCAAACACCGGUCCAAGCCGGUUAUAACUUGAAAUAUAUAUAUAUAUAUUCAAGAACUGAUCAAAUUUCAUGGACAAAUAAUGUUUUCAAAUUCUUUUUGAAAUGGCCAAACGAGAGCUUAUUAGAUUCCAGAAUAGAAUUCCAUAGUUAUGUAGUACCAAUAAUACCCUUGCAAUGUCCGUGUAUAUAAAACCCAAUUUAGGCGCGAACGGCUUAUCAUUUGGACGCACGCAUUUUGUGUGAUCUCUCUUCACUCCAUGUAUGAUAUAUACACACACACAAGCAAAGCAUAAAUUGUUGAAUUCAUCGCUAAACGAAAUUGAAUUCGUUUUUUCAUUCCUUCCUACACAAUUCACCAGAUGGCACAAUCACCAAAGGGAGCAUCUUCGACUGCCAAAUCAAAAGACAAAAAUUCAUUACUUGGUGAUCUGGAUAUUGGAAAUGACUUUCUUAAGUCAUUCAAAUCAGUGUCUAUGGGAGAAGAUGAUGCAAUGGAUUUUGACUUUGGACCUAUCUCCAAAAAUAAGAAAAAGACAUUCAACUUUGACAAUGAGGAUAUGGAUUUCACUCUUGAUACUGAUUUCGGCAAGAUAUCGUCCUUCAACAUUGACAUGUCAGAUCUUGAUAUACCUUCCCCAUGUAAAAAGGAUCGAAAAUCAAAGGAGACAUCAAAAGAAGAAUCCACUGUUGCUGUCAACAAAAAGAAAGGAGAUGGCUUCAAUUUUUCAUUUGAUUUUGAGUUGGAUAGUUUCGGUUUUGGGUCAAGUCGGGACAGUAAAGGAAAAGCGAAGAACAAUCAAGAAAAGGAUUCUUUCAGUUUUGGGUCAACCCAGGAGAGUAGAGAAGAAGCGAAGAACGACCAAGAAAAGGAAUGUUCAUCUUCUAAGAGAAGUGGUAAUGAAGGCUCUGGAAGUUAUCUGAAUGAAAACAUUGGUUCGUUACAGGACGGGGCAGUUCAGAAACACACUGCAUCAGAGGCUGGGAUGACUUUAACUAUUGAUUCUCAUAUUGACAUAGAUAAAAUUCAUGACACAACAAAACAUAGUUUACCAUCAAACCAUACUAUGAGCGAUAAUGAAACUCCAAAAUUGCAAUCUGCUAGCGAUGAAGCAGCACUGGAGAAAGUAAAAAGUUCGUUACAGGAAAAAAUAUCCACUAGCACUCAAGAAACAGUUUGCCAAGUAGAGGAAGGAUCUUCUUUGAUAUCACAGAGUGAAUCAAGGAGGGAUACUCCAUGUUUACAGGAUCAUGUUAAUUCUGUGGCUGCGGAUGCUAGUUUCUUAGGUGUAGGAACAGACGCUAAUAAAAAAGUGCUUUUGGACUCUGACACAAACUAUGAUAAGUCAGUUUUAAAAAGUCCAUCUUUGGAGGAUGUUGCAACCCCAAUGAAGAAUGCUAGUGAAAGAAGAAACUUUCAAAAUGAUAAGCAUCUUUUGGAGACCAAUAAGGACAGGACUGAGACACAUUCCAACAGUAUGUCAAAUGCUACAGAAGACAAUAUGCAAGACAUGAAAGUCGAUAAUGAGACUUCGGAGCAUUCUGCAUCCUCAUUAAACAAGGGAAUAGUAGCUGAAAAUUUGACAGCAGAGAAAAGAAGGGAGACUGGUGUCAUUAGGUCAAAGUUUUUUAUGCCAUCAAUUAAGCCUGCACAGAUGCAGAUGACAACAUCAUUGACUGAGACAAAAGUUUCUGCAUUUUGUAACAAAAGAAUUGGUCCCGUACCACAGAGUCAUCCAGAUGAAAUAAUAUCUCAAGAUAACAAAGAUGAUAAAACUGGGACCAAAGCUGGUUUUCCCCCAGACUCUAGAUCUCUACCAAUGGUUAACCCUCUUCAGACUGGAAGUCCGGAGGGCCACCAAGUUUUAGGGACUACUAUAAAGGGCUCCCAGUUGGAUGGUGCGGAAAACAUAAGAACAUUGACUGGCAAAUCUGGUCCUGAGAAAAGCAAAGCAAGCAGUAAAGAUUUUUUUACUUUCAGUUCUCGGGUAAAUAUUCCUGGCAAAACUCAACAGACAGCUACAUCCACCCCACGCAGCAUUGACAUUCCAAGGAACAUAGCUCCUAUUCCAACUGCAAAGAACACUCUCAAUGGAGAAAAAACACUGCCUAUUAAAGCUGACAGGAGUCUUCUAGAGACAUCUAGCCUGAAAAUUUCAGCAAAACUUGGUACAAAUCCUGAGAUACCUCGGACAAUGUUGCAAAGAAAUAUGAAGUCCUCAAAAACUGUGGACCAGCAUGGUGGUUUUAAAUCUAUUUUACACGCCAAAGACAAUUCCACAGAGACGCUGAAGCAAAUGCCUGUUAACUUGUCUAUGAAGAGGAAAAUACCAGAGCCAAUAACGCAGACAAAUUCGGAUUUGAUGAUCCUAUUUCCAUCAAAGCGUCUUUCGCAAUCACCCAAUGGAAGCAGGGGCUCCUCUGAAGGAACAGAAAGGAUAUGCGACAAACAGGUUCAUGAUCAUGAACAUUCUGGAAAUGGUAAUAAGACCAGCGAAUAUGAAAAUUGUCAGAUCUCUUUAUGCAAUGUUCCUGUAAGGAUCAACUUCAAAGAUUUAGGAAGCCCUUCUGCGAUAGAAGAUGACAGUGAUGAUGACAACAUAAAGAAGGCUCAGGCUUUGUCAAAGGAUCUUGAUGAUAUAUGCAACAUGCUAAGGAAAAAGCAGGAGGAGGCAAAAGAACUAUUAGUUCGAGCUGUUGUGAACAACAAUAAGCUGCUGCUGCUUAACCAUCCCAUUUGUGAAGAGAAAAUACACAGGGUUCAGAAAUUCGCUGCUGGGUUGAUGACAAGGAAUUACCAAAUAGGAUCACAAUAAGACAACAUAGAGGUAUUUUUCUCCUCUCUAUGUGUGUACACACCACUGAAAAGACUUGAGUAAAGAUAUUAAACACACACAUCAUACUGCUUUGUUUGUCAUCCAUGCUUCCAGUUCUGUAUAUUCCAAAUUUCCCAGUGUAAACUCUAAAGACAUUCUCUUUGUUAAGUAUGCAUGACUACUAAUGCCAUGUAGUUUCAGGCAGAGCUUGCUGCUGCAUGUUCUAAUGCAAUUGCAAAGAAUCUAUUUUCCUUGCAUUCCUCGGGUGAAGAAGCAUUGACCACGCAAGCGUAAAAGAAAACGUUGCUAACAACAAAUUAAAGUGAUUUUGAGCUAGAUUACUACCGGAGGCAGAUUUCUGGCUGAAGGGGAAAUCAAACUUCUACUAAAUUUCAAGUAUCCCAUACAAUUCUGGCAUUCUAAGAAACUAUCCAUGUACAGGUGUUGGCAGUUUGCUUAUAGCACCUGAAGAUAUUGAACCUUUUGUUAUACUCUUUACACCAUGGUCUUGUGCUUCUUUACAGAUUCUCCCUCUUGGGCACCUUAUAAAGCAGCACCAAAUGAGA